AUGAAACUCCCCUCAUGGGUUAUCAGAGAAUUGGAAAAUGGAAUCAUGCCAACAUUGAGAAACUGUACCAGUAUGGGAGAAUUAAGGCAGCUACAUGCUCACAUUCUGGUCUUUUCCCUUUCUCAAAGUAACUUCCUUGGAACUCAAAUCAUAAAUAUUUGCAAUAGCAAUAGAAGGGUAGACUAUGCCGCUCUAGUCUUCAACCAAGUCUAUGAACCAAAUGUGUUUCUCUACAAUGCAAUGAUCAAAGCGUACGCCCAAAAUUAUCAUUGCUCUGAAGCAAUCAGCCUUUACAAACAAAUGUUGAAUUGCCAGCACGCCCAAAAUUCAGUUCUGGCUGAUAGAUUUACCUAUCCAUUUGUGCUUAAAGCUUGUGCCGGUCUACUUCUCCUUGUUCUUGGCAAGCUGGUUCAUGUCCAUAUAUUUAAAUCUGGGCUGACCUCUAACUCUAUAAUUCAGAAUUCGCUGAUAGAGAUGUACACAAAAUGUGAUCAUUUAGUUGAUGCACGUAGAGUGUUUGAUGAAAUGGAGGACAGAGAUGCGGUCUCAUGGAAUACGCUCAUCUCGGCGCAUGCUAGGCUUGGGCAAAUGAGGAAAGCCAGAGCUUUGUUUAACUCAAUGCCUAGUAGAACAGUGGUUUCUUGGACUGCAUUAAUCUCUGGGUACACCAUGGCUGGCCGGUACUUUGAUGCAGUCGAGGUUUUUCAUCACAUGCAAUUGGAAAGCUUCGAGCCUGAUGAUAUUAGUAUUGUAUCAGUUUUGCCUGCUUGUGCUCAGCUAGGGGCUCUGGAGCUGGGCAAAUGGAUCCAUGCCUACUGUGAUAAGCAUGAACUGCUUCAAAAGAGCUUCAUUUGUAAUGCUCUUAUUGAAAUGUAUGCUAAAUGUGGGAGCAUUGAUCAGGCUCUUCAAUUGUUUGAGGAAAUGAAAGACAGGGAUGUGAUCUCAUGGAGCACGAUGAUUGCAGGUCUCGCAUCGCAUGGGCAAGCUCACAAAGCAAUCAAACUGUUUGUGGAAAUGGAGAAAGAUAAAAGAGUGAGGCCAAAUGGCAUUACAUUUAUUGGGCUCCUAUCCGCUUGUUCUCAUGCUGGUUUGUUGGAUGAGGGGUUCAGUUACUUUGAUUCAAUGAAAGAGGUAUAUGGUAUUGAUCCUGGUGUUGAGCAUUAUGGGUGCAUGGUGGAUCUUCUUGGUCGUUCAGGCUGCAUUGAUCGUGCAGUACAAUUUAUUGAAAGCAUGCCUGUUCCACCGGAUGCGGCUGUCUGGGGAUCUUUGCUCAGUGCUUGCGGAACUCAUGGUAAUAUUGGGACAGCUGUGAAGGCAAUGGAACAGCUCAUCGAGCUCGAGCCGGAGGACAUCGGGAACUAUGUGAUGCUUUCGAAUAUAUAUGCAGCAGCCAGGAGAUGGGACAGUGUUGCAAAGUUGAGGAGAGUGAUCAGAAGUAAGAGCUUAAAGAAGACGCCAGGGUGCAGCUUGAUAGAGGUGAACAAUGUGGUUCAGGAGUUUGUAGCUGGAAAUGAUUCAAACCCACAUUUUGGUGAGAUAUCAGGGGUGCUGUACUUGUUGGCUUCCCAGCUUGGCCAUUCUGGAUAUCAGAGAGCAAUGGAAUAUGAAGAAUAA